AUGGCAAGUCUCGCCUUGCAGAUCAACAUCGUUGAUCAGAACGACGUCAAAACGAUGCAGUUCGAGCCGAAUAUGAUCGUGUACGACGCGUGCAAGAUGAUUCGUGAGCGAAUCGGCGAGAAUCCGUCGCAAGGUCAAGAUUAUGGCCUCUAUCUGGCUGACGAAGAUCCUAAGAAAGGAACGUGGCUGGAAAACGGACGUACUCUAGAGUACUACCUACUCAAACCAGGAGAUCUGUUAGAGUACAAGAAGAAGAUGCGGCCGUUGAGAGUGAAAAUGAUGGACGGUGCACUGAAGACUGUACUGAUUGACGACAGUCACAAUGUUGAUCAAUUGGUGAAGGUCGUUUGCAAUCGAAUUGGCAUCAUGAAUGACGAAGAGUUCUGUCUUGUUGUUGAAGAAGAAGAGACACCAGUUGUGGCGGCUGCUGCAAAAAAGUCUCAACCUACAGCCGUUCGAGACCAGAAGAAGAUGGAGGCGCUAAAGAAGAUGGAGGCGCUAAAGAAGAAGUUACACACGGAUGAUGACCUUCACUGGUUGAGUCAUGACAAGACACUUCGAUCACAAGGAAUACCAGAGAACCAAGUGCUAUUGUUGAGAAAGAAAUUCUUCUUCUCUGAUCAAAACAUCAGCACAGACGACCCUCGUCAGCUCAAUCUCAUUUACGUCCAAUCUCACGACGCCAUCGUAGAUGGAACUCAUCCGUGUACAUUGGAGGAAAGCAUUCAGUUCGCCGCUCUCAACUGUCAGAUCGUUUUCGGCAACUACGAUGCCGUGAAACACAAGCCGGGAUACAUCAGAAAAGACCUGAAAAACUAUCUUCCUAAAGAAUACACGAAAGUGAAGGGAAUUGAAAGGAGAAUAUUCCAAGAACAUGCCAAGUUCACAGGCAUGUCGCAGCUGAACGCCAAGUAUCGUUACAUUCAACUCUGCCGAUCACUGAAAACAUACGGAGUUACAUUCUUUCUUGUCAAGGAAAAGAUGAAGGGCAAGAAUCGUUUCGUUCCUCGUCUCCUUGGUAUCACACGUGAGAGCAUCAUGCGAGUCGACGAGCGAACGAAGGAGGUGCUGAAGACUUGGCAGCUGACAACCGUGAGGAGAUGGGAAGCAUCGCCAAACAGUUUCACUCUCGACUUUGGAUAUUACUCGGAGUCGUAUUACUCGGUGCAGACAGCAGAAGGCGAGCAGAUCUCACAACUGAUUGCCGGCUACAUCGACAUCAUUCUGAAGAAGAAACGAGCAUCAGACAGGAGGGUACCCGAAGUUGAAGACGAGUCUGCACUGAUGGAAGACACGGUUAUGCCAGCAAAAGCUACAACCGUAGAGUUUGUCACGUCAUCGACUGCAUCAGGAGAAGAAGGCAAGAUGUCUCAGCCAGGAGUGAUGAGAACGGUUCCCGGUCAAGCGCAGUUUGUUCCUGUAUCCGCUCUCGACGAUCAGUCUGGGCAGAUGAGAGGACAAGCACAGAAUGUUCAGUCAACAGGAUUUAGUCCUGCUCAACAAGCACUGCAGGCCAGUAUUGCGAAGUCACUAGUUGCUACAGACUCGGCCAUGAAUGAACUGGAUUCUCCGACUCAACUUCCACCACUUGGAAGUGACCCGCAGUCUCUCCAGUGGAAGCAGAACACUCUGGAUGUCUCCAAACAGAACGUCACCUCACAACUGGCCGCCAUGUCGGCAGCUGCUGCAGGCAUGGUUGGACUGACUGGAGCUGAUCCGUCGGAGAUUGACUACACAGCUGUAGGAACGUCAGUUGCUACACUUACGUCGAAUUUGACUGAGUUAGCUAAAGGUGUUCGUAUGAUUGCUGCUCUACAAGGCAGUGGACACGAUGGAGACAAGCUUCUAUCAGCAGCUCGUGGUUUAGCUGGCGCCGUCAGGAAUCUCCUGAAGUCGGCACAACCAAAUGAAGCACAAAACCGGAAACAGAUUCUGGACGCAGCUGGUGACAUUGGUGUGGCUGGUGGACAUUUGCUGCUGAUGAUGGGAGAUCCUGAAGUGUCACGCCAAGUGCAAGAUACUUUGUUGGCGAAGGCAAAAGCCGUCGCUAUGGCGACAUCAGGACUUGUGCAGAAUGCAAAGAAUGUGGCUGGAAAGUGUCUGGAUAGUACAUUACAGGCGAGUUUCAUCACGGGUACAAAAGGGCCUCCACCGGUCUUGCAUGUGAGUAGGUGGUAUCCGCUGUCAUCCAGUGGUGCACUGCAGUUGCAUGCCUCUGACCAAUGUGACAGAGAGAUGGGCAAUCCAAGCCUCACAAGCGACGCCAAGCGAAAAUCGCAGGGUUUGAAUGCGAAACCUUGUGAUGCAGGGAUUGCAUUUAGCCAUGCUCCAGCUCCUUUUCCCUGUAGGGAAUGUAACCUAGAGGCAUCUCUAGCCGUAGCAGAGUUAUUUAAUGAAAGUUGUAGUUGGUCUGCAAAGAACUGA